AUGACAAGAGCUAUUGCAGAUUGUCUUCCAUUCACAAGACAUAGAUUAUGCCAAUGGCAUAUCUAUAAGAAAUUCUCGUCGAAAGUUCAUUGUGGUGUGACGUACAAGAGCGUUAACAAUCUAUUUUAUAAAUGCAUGAGCAAGUGUGAUUCGGAAGAUGAGUUCAAAGUUACUUGGGCUCCAAUGAUAGAGCAAGGAAACCUGCACAACAACAUGUGGCUAGAUGCAUUAUACCGUAUAAGACAUAACUGGUCAACUGCAUUCAAUAAAGAAAUUUUUGGAAUGGGAAUUUUGUCUACUCAAAGAAGUGAGUCCACAAACAAUGUUUGUCAUGGUGCAUCUAAGCCCACUAGUUCCCUUAGAGAUUGCUUUCUGGGGUUAGAAAAUAUUAUGAAGUCAUGGAGAAGGAACAAAAAGGAUGAAGACUUUAAAAUCUUUCAAAAUGUUAUUACACCGACAGUUAAAAUAAGCCCAGUGUUGAGGCAAGCUGCAACAUAUUAUACCCGGAAACUCUACUCUAUGUUUGAGGAAGAGUUACUUCACGGGUUAUAUGGAUUGACAUUCGAUUCCUCAGUUGAGAGUCCAUGCAAAUUCUAUGUUAGAGGUUUGGAUAAUCAGGACACAAGUAGAGCUUGGCUUGUUACAUUUGAUAGGCUUAAUUGCGACAUCACCUGCAGUUGCAAGAAAUUCGAAAUGACAGGUCUUCUUUGCUCUCACUUUCUACGCAUUCUUAAUGCUAAUAAUAUAACAAAGAUUCCCGAGAAAUAUUUGUUAUUCAGAUGGUCUGCUAAGGCAAAGAAAUAUAUCAAUAAUAAUUUUGAAUACAAACAUAUGAAAAACCCUCGGGCUCAAAUUUCUGGCACAACAUCCAGAGGAAUCCUAUUUCAGUCACAUGCUCAAAAGUUUGCCUACCAAUUAAUUAAUAAAGCUAACGAAAAUGAACGUGCCAAGACAUAUAUAAUUGAAAUAUUGAAAACAGGUUCCGAAGGUAUUGAGGAUAUAUUAGAUGGGAAGGACCUAAACCAAAUAGGCUAA